ACUGGGCCUGGUUGACCCCUCCCCAGCUAUGGGCGGGACCCCAGGAGGAGCAGGGAACUGGACUGUGGGGGUAGCCCAGACCCAAGAGAGUAGCUAUGGCAGGCACCAGCCUCGGGGCCCAGCUCCUCCGGCAGAUCAAGAGACACCCCGGGCUUAUCCCGAUGAUCAGCUUCAUUGGCCUGGGCAUGGGCAGUGCUGCACUCUACUUGCUUCGACUGGCCUUGCGCAGCCCGGAUGUAUGCUGGGACAGAAAGAACAACCCCGAACCCUGGAACCGCCUGAGCCCCAAUGACCAAUAUAAGUUCCUUGCAGUUUCCACUGAUUAUAAGAAGCUGAAGAAGGACCGGCCAGACUUCUAAACCCUUGGGACCCAUGGAACUCACCCUCAGCCAGUCAGCCACCCUGUCCAGCUCCUGCUUUCAGAGGCCUGUUCCCACGCAGGGGGGAGGCACCCCCCCCCUUCCCUAGCUCCCAACAGCGGAAGCACCCUUGACCCAAAGCCUGACUCCCAUGUGGGAGAAGGGGAAUUAGGAAGGCAGGCAGCAGCCCUGUCACCCAAGUCCUGACCCCAGCCCCCCUACCCAGGCUUCACAGGGGCGUGGUGCAGGCUACGUGUUGAGCGUGGCCUACGUGAGUCAAGAAUAAGCAGAGGCCUGAGUGCCAAGAUACGUGGCGGGCCUCACAUUAGCCCAGACUCCAGACGCCAGACACCAGCCCAGAGGCGGUGCUGCUCAGGCUCGACUGGGCUCGUUGCCUGGCGCCCAGCCUGCCCUGAAUAAGGAACCACCACCCUGGGAGGUGUGUGCACUCCAACCCGCCGCCUCCACCAAGCACCUCCUCCAGCCCAGCACCUGAGCCUCCCCCAGCCAUCACCCGCCCCUCUCUUGCUCCCCUCUGUCCCUAGGGAUCAAACAGAAGCAGCCGUGGGCAAAAUACAAUUUCAUUUAACAAAUUGAA